UUUUCGUUCGAUUCUUCGAACAUUGGUCAUUCGCCCGAGAUUCUUUAUUAUCUCCAAACGCACCCUGGGCUUUCCUAACUACCUCCUGAACAUAGGCCCAGAGGACUUACACAUUUUGAAAAAUAAUGUUCAACACUUGCUUUUUGAGUAUAUGUCUGUUAUUCUUGCCUAUCUCUAGGUCGAGACAUGAAUAGGGAUGGCCUUUGUUCGAAAAAUCGAACGCUGGUAGAAAAUGGGUUAAGUCAUGCCAAAUCGAGCACUUAUCAUUCGAAAAUGUUUUCUGCUAAUAUUGAUGAAUGAGCCGUCUAAAUGUGUUAAAUUUUCCCUUGAGUGUAAAAAGCAUUCGCAAAACACGUGAAUCGAGAUAAAUAUAAGGUAUAAACGCCUAUUUUUACUUCAAAUGAAUUCAGUUGAUCGCAAAAUACCGUUCAGUCGAUUUUUUUUUAUCGGAAAUACAAAAUGAAUAUAGUUCACGUGUUUUUGAUUUUGUGUUUCUCAUAUCAAAAUGUAUUCGGUUAUAAUAUUCUGGCUAUCCUUCCAACGGCUUCAAAAUCGCAUUACUACAUUGGAAGCAACCUAAUGAAGGGGCUGGCCAAAGAAGGUCAUCAAGUGACUGUUAUCAGCCCUUUCAAAGAGAAAAAACCCAUUGAAAACUUCAGUGAAAUUAUGCUGGAAAACUUUUGGGAAGUGUCACGAAAAACAUGGGCAGCUAAUAAUGGUAUUGAAUACAAUAAUAUUUACUUCUGGGAUGUAAUGAAAAAGUACUAUGAAGCUGCAGAACUCUUGGUAAAUUUGACACUUUCCAGUCAGAAUCUUCGAGAUUUUAUAAAAACAAAGCAGCAUUUUGAUGUGGUUGUGUUAGAAAUCUGUUUAAAUGACCAUUUGCUCGGUUUUGGCCAACAUUUUAAUGCUCCUGUGAUUGGUCUGUCUGCAUUUGGCGCUUCGAAAUGGACGACUGAUUUGGUCGGUUCACCAAAUUUUGCAUCAUAUGUGCCACAUACAAUUAACUACUAUACCGAUCGAAUGAACUUCUGGCAACGCAUGUACAACUCGCUGACCUUUUGGUUUGAAGAUAUUGCAAUGCCGUACUACUACAUACCACAACAGCAAAAAGUGAUGGAGCAGUUAUUUCCAGAAGCUAAAAAUUGGCCAUCGCUUGAAGAAAUGAGAAGAAACGUGUCAUUGGUGCUGUUGAACACCCACACAACAAUCGGAACACCACGGCCGUAUGCACCAAAUAUGAUUGAAGUUGGUGGUAUGCAAAUUCAGAAAAAAAUCGCACCGCUGGCUCCGAAAAUACAAACAUUUUUGGACGAUGCUAAGAACGGAGCGAUUUUCAUUUCUCUCGGUUCGAAUGUACUCAUUACGAAAUUGCCCAAGGAUCAGUUGGAAGCGAUCACAGGUGCCUUCAGUUUGUAUCCGAACCAUCGAAUUUUGAUCAAAAGUGACGAGCAUGUCGUGAUUCCAUCGCACAAGGAGUCCGACGUGUUGGUUGAGCCUUGGUUCAACCAGCAAUCGAUCUUGGCGCACAAGAAUAUCAAACUAUUUGUUACUCAUGGUGGUCUAUUGAGUACAACCGAGGCCGUUCAUUUCGGCAAACCCGUGGUCGGCAUUCCAUUCUUUUUUGAUCAGCACCUGAACAUGUACCUUGCUGAACAGAAGGGGUUUGGAAUUUCAAUUCCAAUUGAAACUCUAACCGCAGAUAAGAUAUCAACGGCUAUUAGAAAAGUACUCAGUGAACCAAGUUAUGCCAAAUACGCGAAGAUCACUUCUGAUAGAUUCCGUGAUCAGCCGUUGUCUCCACUGGAAACUGGCAUGCACUGGGUUAAGCAUGUGGCUAAGAAUAAGGGCGCUCCACAUUUGAGAAGUGUCGCAGUUGACUUGCCGAUUUACAAACUGUACAAUUUGGACGUGUGGGCAUUUAUUUUCACGCUCGUUUUAUUGAGUCUAUUCUUGACGAUAAAAACGAUCAAAUUUGUCAUUUCAUUGGUGUUCACAUCAAAUUCAAACAAGAAAUUGAAAAAAACGUAAUCAAACGCUAUAAAAUUAUACUCACGAGCAGUAGGCAUGUGCUGAUAAAUUUUAGGUUACACAUUGUAUGUUCAAUUAAAGUUUAAAUUCCUAUAUACUAAAGCACGAUGGAAUGUUUUGCAAAAAAAUCUGUAUUAUUAAUAAAAUAAUUUAUUAUAAAAACAAACA